AUGAGCACUCAGUUCAGCAAAGGACCUACCUUUGGACUAUCCGCUGACGUCAGGAAUAAGCUGGUGCAGAAAUAUGACCCCCAGAUGGAGGAUGCCCUGCGCCAGUGGAUCCAGGAGGUCACCGGGCGGGUCAUCCCUAGGAACUUCAUGGAGGGACUCAAGGAUGGGGUCAUCCUCUGCGAGCUGAUCAACAUACUUCAGCCAGGAUCAGUACCAAGGAUCAACCAGCCAGGCCUCAACUGGCAUAAGUUGGAGAACAUCACAAGCUUUAUUCGAGCCAUUAGCGACUAUGGGCUGAAGCCACAUGACAUCUUUGAGGCCAAUGACUUGUUUGAGGAUAUGAAUCACACCCAGGUGCAGUGUACCCUCAUCGCACUCGCUGGAAUGGCGAAGACCAAAGGCUUAUACACUAAAUAUGACAUUGGGGUGAAAUAUAUCUCCAAGAAGCAGAGGAUGUUCACCCCUGAGAAACUGAAAGAGGGAGACAGCAUCAUUUGUCAACAGAUGGGCUCCAACAAGUAUGCCAGUCAGAAGGGCAUGACUUCUUAUGGCACAAGACGGCACAUUUAUGACCCCAAGAUAGGCAUGGAGAAGCCUGUGGACCGCAACAGCAUCCACCUCCAGAUGGGCACUAAUAAAUGUGCGAGCAUGUCUGGUAUGCCAGCCCUGGGCACAGUGAGGCAGGUGACUGAGAAGAACAUGAGUGCAGAGCCAAUGGACACCACCACCGUGUCCCUGCAAAUGGGAACCAAUAAAGUCCCCUCUCAGAGCGGCUUGACCCCAAUGGGCGGCUCCCGCCUAGUCUACGACCGCAAAUACUGCAACCAGCGUAGCGAACAAGAGGCCUACGAUGGAUUCAAAUAG